UUUUAGUAAGUAUAACAGUAUCGUACAGUAGCAAUGCAAUCAUGUAACAAAACGGAAUAAGUUAUUUCCGAAUGUAACUCAAUGGAAACAUUUCCUCAAGGGACUGAAACAGAAGUUGUUGUAAUUCCACGGUUUGACCACUACGAAAAUGGGCUUUGGAGUCUGGCGCUCUUCCUGGGGGCUUGGCAAACUUACAUUGGGAUAUAUAAAAACACAUAACUAUUUUAUAAAAAAAGGAAUGUCAGCGAAUAUUUUUUAAUGAAGUAAAUUCAACCCUCAUUACGAACACUAUUACUUUUUCAAAUAAUUAGGUCCUAAAAGUUGAGCAGAGCCAGGCCGAGGGAGGUGGAUGCUAGUGCGCAUGCUUUGUGGGCCCACACCAUGGAUGUAUAAUAAGAACUGGAUACAGCGUGGGAGGCGGGGUCUCGUUCUUUCCUAUGAGAGCUGCUCAUUGGCGCAUGAGGACAAAAUGGCCCAACUUUUUUUUUUCAUCCAACGAUUUACAGACCACUCUUUCCCAAUGUUAGUCAAUGGGGAAAAGUCUUUCUGGGCCCAGGGACAUUACGGACUGAUACGGAAGUUGCAGUACCGCCGUUUGGACACAACGAAUAUUUUCCUCAGAGUCCGGCGCACUUCUUGGGGGCUUGGCCCACAUGUGCGGAAGAUCACCGGAUGUUCCGGUUUCUUUUCCACAUCCUCCCUAGCUGUCGAGCCAUUUUGGCUUCAUGCGCCAUUCAACAACUUUCGUAAAAUUGAACGGAGCACGCCUCCAAACCCUGCUUCGAGUACUCUUCAUACAUCUGUGGACAUAGCAAGAAGUACACAACAGUUGAAAAUGCCCUCUUGUGUUGCCUUCAACUGCAAGAAGCGAACCGCUGAGAAAGGAGCUACGGUUUCUCUUUUCCGAUUUCCUCACCAUGAUAAGGCAAGGAUGCUUAGCUGGGUCCACAACAUAAACCGCAAGAAUUGGAUGCCGUCCCCAGACUCACGCUUAUGCGCUCUACACUUCACCGAGGAAUGUUUUCACCCUUCCUGUGGGAGAAGCCUGCUGAACUCAAAUGCUGUGCCAACUAUUUUUGCCUACCCCGGUGUCAAUACAUCAUUCAAGAAACCUGCAGUUAGUCACACAUCAUCCAAAACACAAGCAGUAAGUAUGCACACAGAGAUAACUGACACUGUCAACUUUGAUCACCCGUACUGCUGCAAGCCUGUGAGUAGUCCUACCCCCCCUGGCGAAGUCGCACCAUCUACAGACGUAACCAAUGUUGUGGAACCAAUGAACUGCAGCACCACUGUGACCACAAAUCAGAACAGUGUUAGUGUCACAGAAGUAUCAGAUGGUCAUGGAUCCACAGCCCCUCUUCCAAACGUGACAGUAGAAGAACAAACGCCAUUUGGGAAUAUCCUUUCGGAAACUGCUAAAUCUCCAGAUGCACAAAUAACAAUUCGAAAAUUACAAAUGAAAGUUCAUAACAUGGGAAGGAAAUUGGUCAUCAGCCGCAAACGUCUGAAAGUUGAAAAACAGAAGAGCAGACGAUUAAAUACGAGGAUUUCUUCUUGUUCUGCCGUGAUCCAAGAGCUAAACCAGAAACUUGGACAAAUGAAAGAAGAGGCGUUGGUAAUGGCUAAAAACAAUUCCAAAUGCAAUCCCAAAAGUAAGCCUAAAAGCAAGCCUAAAGGCAAUCCUCAAAGUGAUCUUCAAAGCGAACCUCGAAGCAAGCCCAAAAGCAAGCCUAAAAGCGAUCCUCAAAGCAAGCCUAAAAGCAAGCCUAAAAGCGAUCCUAAAAGCAAGGUACCAGGAAACAACUUACAUUGAUAUAUCUUUUUGGUAGGCCUUUCUUUUAGGCUGUGAAAUAUGUAAAAUGGCUCCUUUCUCCAUCCAUAGCAGUACACCACUUAGCUUCCUGCUGGUACUCGUUUCUGUGUCUCCAAACUAUGGGCUUGCCAACCACUGUAUGUAAUACACCGUCUAUAAAUAAAUACCUUAAACAAAGCUAUUCAUUUAACCCGGCAACAAAACAAAACCAGGAUCAGAGAAAUUAACUAAAUCAAAAUGUGAUGUGUCCAAGGAUGUUCCCUGUGCCUUUGCCCUGCUUGUUAGCCUGGUUGCUACUAGCUGAAACUGAACCAACUUUAGGGAAAGGUUGGUUGUGAACUAAAAACAGCAAAAGUCAAUCUGUCAAUCUUUUUUUUUAAACUUCAUAAAUUCGACCUCUGCCUAAUCUGCGAGUACAGUUGUAUUGACAUUGUUUCCAAACUAAAACUACAGUAGGCAUGAUGUGGUCGACCUCUUUGUAUAGGCUUAGGAUUUUGCAUUGGCUCUACUUCCUAGCCUGAAAUGGAGGCAAAACUGUUUUUGCGUUUGUGUGUUCUUUGUGCUGCUGUGUCAUUAUUUAUUCGAUAAAGAGGGCCAUAUCAAGUGCUAACUAGAACUGUCCUUAAGGUUGAAGGUAAGGACGGGACAUCGGACCUUGUGGUAUGCAUACCUAGACAGGAUCCAUUCCACAAGGUGCAGAAGACUUUAACAUGGUGGUGCAAAAAAGUAGUUGGUGAUCUCAUGCUUAGGAACAACUAAGUAAAGGGAUAACUUGAGUGCAAAAAUGACUUUGAUUCCACCACAGACUGACCAGAUCGAAGAUUGAACUUUCAACCAGAACAAAAUAUGUAUGGCUUUACUGUUCUGCCAAGCAAAUCAUUUUGUUGACGCUACUCUGCUGUCUGCGCAUAUUUUAUUCGUUAUAUGCAGACAUUUGCUGCAAAAUGUAACACAGCUCCAUUAUAGAAUUUAUGACGUGGAAAUAGAAAUUGCUUUACAUCUUUAGACAUUCAAGACUCAUUGUUAGAAUCAUUCUGUUUGCACAACAUUCUGACCCAACCUCUUAUGCAACAUUUUGGAAUAACAGUUGUUCUGACAUCUCCAAAAUGUAUGUUACUUCUCCAUCAUCCAUUUGUGAAUGUGUUUGAUGAUAAGCUGUAUCUGAUUUAGUCCAAGUCCUCCAUAUCCAAGGUGUUGUGUAAUUAUAGAGUGAGUAAGUAAGAUCCACAAAGAUUCGCCAAAAUUCUGAAUACGUGAUGAUGCUUGCUUUACUGCAGUACAGUUACAAAUUAGUUCCCGGUAGUACAAUUGGGGCUCUAGGCGAACAUCAUCCUGUUGUAGAUUGAAAUUCACAAACCUCGUGAACAACAAAUCUUUGUUGAAAUUGGCAGAAGACUUAGUUAACCUUAGCUGUUUGCAGCAAGUGGGGUGUGGCACCAUAGAGUUGUUCUAUGGUCAUUUCAUGCUCUAUUCAGUCAAAUGAAAAUUGGGCAAAGAUCAGUUAUAACAUUAUCAUGGUGAGUUCAAAUGUGGUCUUAUACAAAUAUUUUGUUUACAGUUUUAAUGAGUGAAAUUCACCAGCUUAAUGCUUCAACCACACACUACUGACACAGCAUAGGAAAACACAUUAAAGCCGGUACAUACUUCCUGCAUCUGCUGCAGUCACAUAAGUGCACAUGGUUCCGCUUCGUAGUACAAUUGAGGGUUUGCGUCCGCAGGGCAUUCAGGCAUAUUGCUUUGUUUUGCUUUGCAUAUUGCUUUGAGUUCAACACUAUUUGGAUCACUUUGAAUGCCUUUUAAGACUAAUUAUGUUCAUGUUGAUUGCAGCCUUAACACAACUUCUCUUUAAUACAAUCACUCCGUUGGUUCACUUCUUAGCAAACAAGCUAGACUGGAGUGUGGAACAAAACAGGAGCAUAAGCUGUUUGUACGCUCAGUCACACAUUCUUGCUGCAAUCGGACGGUCCAGUGCACAAGCCGAAUCACCUAUUUGGUCACAAGGACCUUAGCAUACCCUCAAAGACACGCAGACACGAAAAGUAUGAAUUGGCCUUUACUAUAGCCAAAUGAGUAAUAACUUGUUAUGCUCAUUUGAUGUAACCAGUGGUAAAGCAAAAUCCGCAAACUAGCUUACUAGCACUCUUUCUGCUAGUUAGCUUUUACAAAGGUUAGAGAUUUUACUCCAAUGACAACAUAAAACAGUUCAAUAUAAAUUGUAUUCCCGUUUGAUUUGAUACACUAGUUGCACUAACUAUAGGGCAUUGGGGAUCUUCUAUAGUGCUACAGGAGUCAUGCUUAAAACCUGGAAAUGUGUUAUCAUUAGCUCUCACUCAUCUUAAAGUCAAUGGCAUUGUUGAAUUUGUAAAGAUUGGUGGAUGUUUGAUUAUGUUGCUCAUAUUUCUAACUUCAACUAUACAACUCAUAUUUUGGUAGCAACUGAUAUGUAUGACCACAUCCCCCUGUUUAUGGCCACGUUCUCAACAAAGGACCCAAAGAAAACCGUACUUUCUCUGGAAAAUCAAAUGUACAGUAUUUGUAAUGCUGAGCUUCCAUGUUUGAUAAAUGGAAUGUUUUGGUUCGACAUGUUGAUUUUAUAUCAAGAAUGAAACUAAUGCUGAGGUUUGUUCGGCUGCAAUGUAUAUCUACAUAAAUACCUUUUUGUUAUAAUAAGGAUAUUAUCAUCUAUUUUGUAUGAAUGUUUGAUUCAUUUUUGGUUCAGGUUUUGUUCAGUGGUUUAUAUCAAGUUCGUUACUGUUCUGCAGCUGAGCCCUACUUUCAAAUAUGUAAGAGAAUAACAAAUGUGAAGUAAGCGAUAUAGACUGUAAUUCUAUGAAAGUAAAAAAGAAAGAGAAAUCAAACAGUUUUACAGAAGGGAGUGGGCAGCGGUUCACAACAGUGACACCGUACCCCUGGACAGGUGUCUAAAAUAACUUUAAGCAACCCACAGAUGGCUCUCUUCCUCCUCUGCUCGUCCUGCUUGUGCUGCAUGCCCUCUUCUGCCUCUGGUUGCUCAGGGCGACACAAAGGGAUUUUGGUUUCCCGGACUGCUUCACCACUGAGCCACCUGGAAGGACGCCUCCAGCUCUGAUAACAACAAGUCUGCAACAAGAAAACUCCUGAAACAUGGAGACUUUGAGAAAAGACACUCCUCACUCCUGGAAAAGCUGCCACAACAACCCCUACCUGAGCCUAAAAGGGUCUGAAUUGAUCCAGCGCCGUGCUGAGAGAGACAUGGAGAAUAUCUCUUUGAGCCCCAUGGGAGCUGUCGAGGUCCCUGAGAGAGCCUGCUGCCACUCCCGCCAAACUCCUCUGUCUCUCACAACCGUUCUGUUUUCACCAUUUGAUGGUAGAUGCUAGACAUUUUCCAAACUUACAAAGUGUUAACUAACACGUUUCAGACCAAAAUGUUCAACUUGAAAAAUUCAUAAUUAAUAUUUGAAUUUCUUUACCACAUUUCUUUGGUGCUUUUUUAACUCAACUGCAGAACAGUGCAUUGGCCAAACAAUGAUAUCAGUCAAUUAUUUCACCUGUUUACACAAUCUGAGCUUUCAUUCAUCAUUUUCGUUCUAUUUUGGCAUUGAGUUGUGAAGUUAGAAGUGGAAUAAACCGUUUCAUAUAUAAAUGA